AGGAAGUUAGGUUGGGUCGGGAGGGAGAAGAGGAAAGGCUUUUUGUAUCGUAGUGUCUUCUGCUUUGCAAAACAGAGAUUUCAGCAAAAAAGUUGAAUUGGGUCUUCUGCUCCCAAAUGGCUCUCUUUGGAGUUUUGCCUUUCUCUUUCCUGCUCUCCUGCAUCAUCUUCUUCCUUGCCUUGUUAUGGAGGAGUCACAACAAGAAGAGCAAACUGCCUCCAGGCCCCAUGCCACUACCUUGGCUGGGCAACGUGCUCCAAAUGGACAUUCGGAACAUGAUCACCGCUCUUCAGAGGCUUCAAGAGAGGUAUGGUCCUGUUUUCACCAUCUACAUAGGCUCCCAGCCGGUGGUGGUGCUGUGUGGCCCUAAAGCCAUAAAAGAAGCUCUCAUAGAUAAUGCGGAAGCUUUUGGUGGGAGAGGUCCGAUGCUGGCUCUGGGCGAUAAUAUCGUCAAGUAUGGAAUGAUUACUACCAACGGAGAGCGGUGGAGACAGCUUCGCCGCUUUGCCUUCUCCACCCUGAGGAACUUUGGAAUGGGCAAGAAAUCAAUUGAGGAGCGGAUCCAAGAGGAGGCUCAGUUCCUGGUGGAAGCCCUUGAGAAAACAAGAGGUCAUCCUUUUGACCCCACCACGCAUCUGAACCAAGCCGUUGCCAACAUUAUUUGCUCUGUUGUUUUUGGUAACCGGUUUGAAUAUGAGGAUGAGAAGUUCACCGCUUUACUUAACUUGAUAAGCCAGGCAUUACAGCUCUUUUUGUCUCCUAGGAGCCAGAUGAAGAACUUUGCCCCACGUUUGAUGCGGGUCUUGGCUGGGCCCUUUGACAAACUGUCCAAGUGCAUCCAGGAUUUACUGACGUUUGUCUCUCAGAGGAUCCAGGCACACCGGGAGUCCUUUGAUCCAAAUUAUCCUCGAGACUUUAUAGAUUGUUUCCUCAGCAAAAUGGAGCAGGAGAAAGACAACCCAGCUUCCGAAUUCCAUGAUGACAACCUGGUUGUUUUGGUGCUCAAUCUGUUCUUCGCUGGAACAGAAGCGGUCAGCACCACCCUCCGAUAUGGACUUCUCAUCCUCCUCCGAUACCCUGAAAUAGAAGCCAAAGUCCAUGAAGAGAUUGACCGGGUCAUUGGGAGGAACCGGAAACCAUCCAUGGAGGACCUGACUCAGAUGCCUUACACGAAUGCGGUGGUGCACGAGAUUCAGCGUUUUGGAGACUUUGCCCCUCUGGGAGCUCCUCAUUCAAUGACCUGUGAUACCCAGUUCCAGGGAUACACCAUUCCUAAGGGCACCACUGUUAUAACUUUCCUGACUUCUGCCCUGGAGGACCCCCAUCACUUUGAGACUCCAAGGAAGUUCAAUCCUGGCCACUUUCUGGAUGAUAAUGGAGCCUUUAAGAAGAAUGAAGCCUUUCUGCCUUUUUCAACAGGGAAAAGGGUAUGCUUGGGUGAAGGUUUGGCCCGCAUGGAGCUCUUCUUAUUCCUUACGACGGUGUUGCAAAACCUCACUUUGAAGACUCUCCGGGAUCAAGAAGAAAUAGACAUCUUGCCACAGAUUGUUGGUAGUGGAAAACGUCCCUUGUCCUACCAGCUUUGCAUGUUUCCACGGCCCUGAUGGCCAAGCCCAGUGAUCCCUGGAAGUUGAGAGCAGGGGCAAUUGUCUGUCUCUCUGUGAGUAUCUGUGCCAUGUCAGAUCCCCAUCUAUCCUGAAGUGGAAGACAGCACCGCAAAUCUGGAAUAAAAAAAAGCCUUUUGACUCAAUUUAUGAGCCUUAUAUGAGAAAAGAAAGCUGAAACAGAGAGUUGUGCCUAUCUCUGUGCCUAUCCACAUGGGGAGAUGGUCAUAAAAGCAUGCCUUUUGUAGAACAGAUUGUUCCAGCAUGACAAAGGGCACACUUUUACAGCUUCUUCCUCUGAAAGAGAAUGGAAGUGAUGCAAUGUCUUGUGGAGAGGCACAAAGAAAGCCACUACUCUUGCAUUCCAUUUCAGAUUUCUUUUCUCAUGUGACAAGGCAAUUAGAUGUACAAGAUGUGCUAAAACUAAAGAAAACAUAACUCAGCUCUACUCUGAAUAUUUUUUGGGGUGGUUGAAAUGUAUGUAAGAUCAUUUUGGUAGAUCUUGAUAUGAAAAGAAUCUUGCUAGAAUGGCCUUUUCUUGCAAUCCUUUUGUUCCUGGAUUUUAUGUGUAAUAGAAAUAACACUGUAGGAUGUGCAGAUUGUACUUUUCCAAACACUAUUAUUGGAUUAAAUUCCAAGCCCUGCUUGUGACCCUAUGUUAACUCUGGUACUGACUGAACUGUAUUCUGCCUUGGGGUAGUAGUAGUGAGCAGUUUGUACUGCUUAUACUUAGAAAAUGGAUAAAGAAGCAAGGAUUAUGAAGAGGUUCUCCAAAGAGGAACAAGAGAAGAAACACAUUCCCCAGCUUUCCCGAUUUGGCAGGGACAGUCCCCAUUAAUCUUUUGUCAUCCCAUUUUCUAGCUGUCACAGUUUUACUCUCCUCCUCCCACCAUCCCUCUUUGUCCUCUGCUUCCUUCAGUUGUUGAAAACAGCAGCUUAUGCUUAAUUGAGCAAGUCAGUCCACAUUGCUUUUUGGAGAAUGGUGAGGCAGAGAGGAAAAAGUUCUGUAUAUGCUUAGAGGUCUCAGACCACACCAGAUGAAGAACCUGGAUUCACUGACAGAUCUCUAUAGUUUACCACUGACUGCUGCAUUUGUGGUGGAUCAAUGCUCUUGAACUUCAAUAAAUUGAAAGUUUUUUCGCUUCGAACAAA